AUGGGGCAGGAGGGUGCCGUGAAGCGUGGUGUUAUGGGUCUAAGCAUCACAAUCGCAGGGGCAUAUGGCAAGGUGCAUUGGCAAGGUGCAUUGGCAAGGUGCAUUGUCAAGGUGCAUUGUCAAGGUGCAUUGUCAAGGUGCGUUGGCAAGGUGCAUUGUCAAGGUGCAUUGUCAAGGUGCAUUGUCAAGGUGCAUUGUCAAGGUGCAUUGGCAAGGUGCAUUGUCAAGGUGCAUUGUCAAGGUGCAUUGUCAAGGUGCAUUGUCAAGGUGCAUUGGCAAGGUGCAUUGUCAAGGUGCAUUGUCAAGGUGCAUUGUCAAGGUGCAUUGUCAAGGUGCAUUGGCAAGGUGCAUUGUCAAGGUGGAUUGUCAAGGUGCAUUGUCAAGGUGCAUUGUCAAGGUGCAUUGGCAAGGUGCAUUGUCAAGGUGCAUUGUCAAGGUGCAUUGUCAAGGUGCAUUGGCAAGGUGCAUUGGCAAGGUGCAUUGUCAAGGUGCAUUGUCAAGGUGCAUUGUCAAGGUGCAUUGUCAAGGUGCAUUGUCAAGGUGCAUUGUCAAGGUGCAUUGUCAAGGUGCAUUGGCAAGGUGCAUUGUCAAGGUGCAUUGUCAAGGUGCAUUGGCAAGGUGCAUUGGCAAGGUGCAUUGUCAAGGUGCAUUGUCAAGGUGCAUUGUCAAGGUGCAUUGUCAAGGUGCAUUGGCAAGGUGCAUUGUCAAGGUCCCGGUCAAACAGGAACCCGUUGA